AUGAAAAGAUGCUAUCCAGUCUACUCUUCAGCCAUUGUAUUUGAAAGUAGUCGUCUGUAUUCAACGGUGUGCUGUAACACAGUAAUUUCGUGGAUUUCAAUGAACGCAGAUUUUAGCCAUCCAGCUGAAUUGAACAAUACCUAGACUGCACACGGAUUGUAAAGAAGAUAAUUCCAAAAAUAAUAGCUUUAUUUGGGCUCACGCGAUAUUAAUAUUAGCAGCAGGCUACGUGCGCAGCACAACAUUCCAGACGUCGGAAUAGAAUCCAGCUUUCUCGUUGGCUAAUUAUAUAGCUAGCUACUUUUUUGUUUAUUUUCCCAAUAACUUUUGUUAUUAAACCAAUAGGCUUUUCUCUAAGGAUCAGGUUUCUAUUUAGAUGGCAAGCUUCCCAGAUUCUGUAAACGAAAAUGAAAUAGGUAAGGCUAAGUUCAUCGGUGAACUCUUAGUGCCUGUUGCUCCCUUCGACCAGAAGUCCGGGCGAGAGACCUGGACUGUAGCCUUUGCACCUGAUGGUUCCUACUUCGCUUGGUCUCAAGGGCAUCGCAUUGUGAGGCUCGUUCCCUGGUCAAAAUGCCUGAAGAAUUUCGGUGGGGAAGGCUCCAACGAAGCGGGCCCUCUGCGUUUGUCACUGCAGAACAGCAAGGGGGGAACAGUGGUGCCAGUGGGCGAGCCCAAGGAGCACACCAUCGACUGCGGUGACAUCGUGUGGGGCCUGGCCUUCGGCUCGUCUGUGCCAGAGAAGCAGAGUCGCUGCGUCAACAUAGAGUGGCACCGUUUCAAGUUCGGUCAGGACCAGCUGCUGCUUGCCACCGGCCUCAACAAUGGACGCAUCAAGAUCUGGGACGUCUAUACUGGAAAGCUGUUGCUGAAUCUCAUGGACCAUACAGAUAUAGUGCGAGACCUGACUUUCGCCCCUGACGGCAGCCUCAUGCUGGUCUCGGCAUCCAGAGACAAAACCCUGAGGGUCUGGGACCUGAAAGAUGACGGUAACAUGGUGAAAGUGUUGCGGGGUCAUCAGCACUGGGUCUAUUGCAGCGCAUUCUCACCAGACUCCUCAGUCCUCUGCUCUGUCGGAGCCGGUAAAGCGGUGUUCCUUUGGGAUAUGGAUAAAUAUUCCCUGAUCCGGAAGCUAGAGGGUCACCAUAACGACGUGGUGUCCUGUGAGUUCUCUCCCGAUGGAGCCUUGCUCGCCACCGCCUCCUACGACACCCGCGUCAUCAUCUGGGACCCGCACAUGGGCACUGUGCUAAUGGAGCUAGCGCACCUCUUCCCUCCCCCCUCGCCCAUCUUUGCAGGAGGGGCCAACGAUCGCUGGGUACGUUCCGUAGCGUUCUGUCACGAUGGCCGUCACAUCGCCAGCAUCACUGACGACAGAAUGGUGCGUUUCUGGACCAUUGAUGAGAAGUCUCCCCAGGCCAUCGCUCCCCUCUCUAAUGGCCUCUGCUGUGCCUUCUCUACUGACGGGAGUGUCCUCGCAGCUGGGUCUCGAGAUGGCAGCGUGCAUUUCUGGGCGUGCCCAAAGAGCAUUGCCAGCCUGCAGCACCUGUGUCGCAUGGCACUACGACGGGUCAUGCCCACCCAGCAGGUGCAGACGCUGCCCAUCCCGCCGCGCAUACGCUCCUACCUGUCUUACCAAGAUCUCUAGCCCUCCACCUUCACCCUCACCACCCAACACAUCGCUCGCUGGAAAUCAAUGAAUAUUUUUAUUUUUAGUCAUUUAGCAGACACUCUUAUCCAGAGCGACUUACAGUUAGUGAGUGCAUACAUUUUCAUA